GUAGCUUUGUGAAGCGAGUGAAAACAAUCAAAACAAAACAACGAUAAAUAAGAAUAUAAGAUUGCUGGCAAAAUCGCAGAAAGUGCUGGCGGUCUAAUCAUCAAACCAUAAUCUUCUACGUGAGUGCAUACGAAAAAAAGGAAGGCAAAAAGUGUAUAGAAGGCUCUCCAUUGCGUAGAAAGGUUUAACUGUGUAUGUGUGUGUGUGUAUAUGUGUGUAUGUGUGCAUUUUUGUGUUGUUUGAAUGAGCAGGUGACGUGAAAGAAAAUUAAAAAAAAACACACGUCCCCAAAAUUACCCUUUUCCCUUUCCGUUGUGGGAAAAAUAAUCUUGCGCCCUUCGCCCAGAAGGAAGAAGGUGCCAUUUUGUUGUUUUUUUGUUGUUGUUAUUGUUGUUGUUGUGCUGUCACUGUAGUGUGUAGUUAGUGAGUGAGCGUGUAGCGUGUGUGCUGAUCGUUCAAAACAGCUCGAUUGCGGAAUAGCCAAACGGAUUUACUACCGGUCGAAAAUAAGAGAAAAGAAAUAAAAGAAAGAUCUUUCAGUGAGUGAGUGGCAGUUGGUUGAAUAAAAUUCGCAUUUUAUUUUCGCCAGCCGCACGAAACACGCCAAUUAUCAGCGAAGUCGUUUCGGUGUCUGUGUGUGUGCAAUCCUGGAAGAAAGUUGAUUUCCGGACCUGAUCAAUCGAUCAUCCUCCAGAAGAACACGCAACGGCAGUGAAUUGGAGCGAACGGUUGGAAGGCUGCCAGCUAGCAAUCCACCACGGAUUAUGCUUACCAGACGAAUGCAGCAGUUCUUUUGCACUACCGGAGUAGUGUUGCUGCUGCGAGUAACGGGUUGAACUUCCGAAGUGCCACUGUACCGUCCCGUGCCGCGUGUAUCGCGUUCGUGCGUAGCCGAGGAUCACACAAUCGCUAUUCGAUUUUGUAAAGCCUUCAUUGCCCCGGUUGGCAGGUGAAGCGUAACGGAGGGGCCAGCAGCAGUAAAAUCGAGAGUGAAGGAUGGAAAAGUACGUAACCGUCGUGUCGGUGGACGAUCAGCUGCUGUCGCCGAUCGUGCCGCCACCGAUCGAUCCGGUCGUGAUUGUCGCCAGCAGCGGCACCAGCGCCGACCGGGCCGUCGAGCUGAGCAACCUGAACGGACUGACGAAGGUGGCGAACGGCUGCACAGAGCAGCAACCGAUGGCACAGCAGCAGCAGGACGAGCCGCUGGACGAUUCACAGUUUGUGACGGUGCUGUCCAUCAACCAUGGGCAGCAUGGCCGGCAGCAGAGCGCACCGGAAGUGGUGCUGGUGUACCGGUUGCCGGGCGAGCGGCUCGGCUUCGGGCUAAAGUUUCAGGGCGGCACCAAGAGCAACGAGAAGAUACAGCGGCUGUUCAUACAGUCGUGCGCGGAAAACAGUCCCGCGUCCCGGGUACAGGCGAGCUGGGGCCAUCUGCGCGAGGGUGACGAGAUACUGGAGAUAGACGGCGUUAGCGUUUGUCGGAUGACGCGCAUCGAGUGUGUGAAGUGUCUGAAGGAUAGCAACGUUGCCAUCAAGCUGCUGGUGCGGAACGGCGAGGGCAAGGUGCAGAACUUUUACGGUGGUGACGCGAUGGGAGCGAUGGGCGGUGGUGUUAGCUUGAGCGAGAAUGGCGGUGUUGGUGGAGGAGCCGGCGGCGGUGGUGGUGAGAUUCCAGAGCGUAAAGGUGCACCACCGCCUCCGCCACCGGUUCCACCGCGAAAGCUAAACAAGCGCAAACAGGCGACGGUGGAGCAGCAGAACGCUUCCAGUGCGGCUGACGCAUCGGCAGGUCCCCCAAGCAAACAGGGGCCUGGCACAGCGCAAGCAAACAGUGGCCCAGCGGCAUCAGAACCACCGCCGCCAGACGCGGAGAGCUACAGCAAUCUCUUCGCGGCCGACGACAUCAGCGACCUCAUCUCGGAGUCGGACGAUACGGCCAGCACCAUCUCGACCGUGGUGGACAAGUUCUCGAUCUGCUCGAGCCUGUCGUCCGAGGACUACACGAUCCCGUCGCACGGUGGCCCGGCCGGCAUCGGGCAGAGUGCGGAGCUGGCCAAAGCGCUCAAGCCUUUCACGCUGCUCGAGCAAGAGUUCAAUCUCGAGAGCAGCAAGUUCGAAACGACCAACCUGUUUACCUUCAAGCCACCGCCGGCAGCGAAUGGCUCGAACGUGGUCCAGCUGGAAGUGCUGGCAGAGAAGCCCACCGUCCCCGCGGCUGCCGGCGGCGAGUACGAAAAUGUCACCAUCAUGAAGGUAGACGAAAAUCGCAACUACGAGAACGUCACCGUACCGUACGGGCCGUACGAGAACGUUACGAUACAGACGGUGCAGCCGUACGAGAAUAUGGUACUGAACCGGGGCGCCGUGGCAGGUCGUCCGAGGCAGCAGAGCGGCAAUGAAUCGGCUAGCCCACCAGCAACGACCGAGCCGAGCAGUGGGGUGUAUGAAAAUGUCGAACUAAAAGCACAAACCGUUGCAGCAGUGCCGCCACGUCCACUACCAAGACAGGGUGCGGUAGUGGAGCCGAAGAAGCGGGCACCAAUACCUGUCCCGAUUCCGAUCGUCGUGCCACCACCACGCCUGAAGCCGGCCAAACCCGCUCAGAAUGGUUCGGGCGGUGCACAGCAGCAGCAGCAAGCGUCGGUGGAGCCUUCACCCGUUGUAAACGCACCGCUUGGGUCCGAGUUCAACACGGUCCAGAGCUGGCUGCAGGAGGCAACGGAAGUGAUACACGAGUGCGCUCUGACCGAGCGGGGUGAGGAAGCGGCAGCCGAGGAGAAAGCGCCGCCACCGGUCGAAGCGGUGGCGAAGCAGCCACCGGCAGCAACGGAUCUGCCGCGGUUGAUCGAUUUCCAUCCGAAAGUGUCGGUGCCGCUGAAAGCGCUCGAGGAAGAGAUGGAAGCGAUUGCAGCGCCGCCAGCAUCGCCCGUACGGUUCGACGGCGGUGGCGAGCAGCUGUCCCAAGCGUUGGUGGAGGGUGAUGAGCUGGUUAGUGGAGGCAGUGGUGGUGGUGGUGGUGGUCGGUUCGAGCUGCCACCGUCGGAGGCGGUCGUGCGGAAGUGCAUCAAGAUUUUGUCGAGCGAGGACCACACGUACAUCGAGAGCAGCUCGAGCGACGAGGAGGAGGAGGAGCGCCGGUACGGCCGGUCGGAGGAUGAGGACGAUCGGACGAGCAGCUCGUUGUCGCGCGAGGCAACCACGCCGGAACAGUUCCUGAGCGGCGACGGCUACAGUGAUGAGGAUGGGGAGAAGCUUGGUCCGCCGGAGAUUGUGUCCGGGGGGCCGUCCGAGGCGUACUUUAACUUCCCCUGGACGUCCAACCUGCUGCCCCCGAUUGGGGAGGUGGAGGAGGAGUUCUCCUCCCUGGAGCAUCAGCACAAUGGCCCGAUAGUUAUUAUCAACACGGCGGAGGAAACGGUUAUCAACGACACGAACAACAACCAGCAACGGGAGAGGAAGAAGCCGCCGAUCGAUGACGAACCGCCGCCGCCGAUGCUGCCACAUUCGAGCGUACCGUCGACGAAAAUAGUCAUCACAGGGCAUCGUAUCGAGGCGAUGAUGAGUGCCGGCGAAAAUAUCGGCAACGACCGGAAUCAGAUGGCAGAAGCUGGAGAGCCGGAAGACUCCGUGAACGGUGAUCAGGUAUCGCUGCUGGAUGAAGGAGAAGAGGAGGAGGAAGAGGAUCAAGAUGCAGUCGAUUCGGAUGAUUCGCUCGAAGUGGACAGCGGUACGAUCGAGCGGCGAUCGGACAACGGCAUGAAGAAGCUGCAGCAAGUGGAAUCCAGAAUGGUCCAGCCGGACGAGGGCGAACAGCGCACAGAGUCGGAUGAAAAGGUAAACAACAACACAGUCGCUGAUAAGAAGGUGGCCGCUGAUCCCGUGCUGAUCCCAGUGAGUGGGGGCGAGAUUGAGCCGACCGGCACCUGCGUGGACGGUAGUGUCACACAGCACGUUAACGGAGGUGUAGAGACAUCGCACCAAGUUCCGGAAGCGAUUGAAACACCGAUGGAGCAGCAACCAUCGGCUGGAACCGCCGGUGAGGUGGAGCAGAUGCAGAUGGAUACUGUGGACGAACCCAGCAGUGAUGCAGGAAGUGUGCCAGCGAAGAGCGCAAACGAAACGACCGCCAGCGGGGAGCUGGAGGCAGUGGACGCGGACAAUAGCAGCAGCAAUAUUGACGCGUUCUGUGGUGACGUAGACAUCGUCGUAGGCGAUACCGUUGAGAGUGACUUUGAGGAGCUGGUCAAAGCGCAAGUCGAACCGCUCGACGUCGAGGACAGUUCGGAGCAGAUACAACAGAUUCAUGAGCGAAUCAUUGUUGGCAUUGAGCGCGCUGUGAGUGAGGAGGAGAUGGAGGUGGAGGAAGGUGAUGUGAAGGUGCUGCUGGAACCGUUGGAAAAUGGUGAUGUGAGUGCUGAAGUGAAGACGUUGGUGGACCCACCCAGUGAUGAUGGGGACGGUGAUGUCGUAGUGGAAAGUGUUGCUACACCUGCUGCGCCUGCCGCAGAGGAACAGGAGCAGCGCGGUGAUGCGGUUGUGGUUGAGGAUGAAAAGGAGACGAAGCAGGAACCAGGAACCGAAAUACAUCCAACAGAACAAGAAUCCGGCCACAUUGCUUCGUCCGGGCUCGCCACUGGCAUCGUAGAUAGCAGCAGCGAAGGCCUCACCGUCUUUGCCAAUAACAACAACAACAACAACGCCAAGAACCACUCGGUCACCGACGCUGACUCCGACAAGAGUAGUACCGCCGCCGCCCCGGGCAGUGUCACGAGCAUGGACUCGAUGAAUAAUGUAGUGACGACGACAACCACCGUGACCGCCAUCGCCAGCACCGUGCAUCAGCUCGUACCGUCAGCAGCACCUUCUGCAGCAGCAGCACCGACAGCACCAACGAAUGGUGGCAAAGUAGUGGCAGCAGCGCCUCCGGCAUUCUCACGACUACCACCGGAUGGGCAUGAGUUCCCGCCGAACUUUACCGAACCGACGACGACGACGACGACGGCGACAAACGGCAACAGCAGCAGCGGCGUUAACGGGCCCACCGCCGUCGGCCCGGUGACCGCGAUGACGAUUAUGAAUGGUGCUGGCGUGACCGUGGUCGCCGCACCGCCGGUACUCGCCAAAUCCAAUGACAAACAUUCCAGUUUCAACGAUGAUCUACCCGAUCUGCCGAAGAGUCAUCCACCGCCAGUCCCGCGCAAGGUGACGACGGCGGCCAACGCUGGCGACACGUUCCGCAAACCACCGCCCUUCCCGACCCGCAGCUCCUCGAUCGCUGAGUCGAUGCUCAGCCGGAAGGAGCUCCCGCAAGCGUACCAAUCCCUGCAGAGCGUGUUCGAGCAGCGGCGCCGCUCGGUAGAUGUGCCGGAUCACAAUGGCAAAGGAGCAGCACCAUCGCUGCCACCGUCGGGUCGCAUCUCGCUGGUCGGCUCAAAUUGGCGCAAGGACGAAAAGUCCGAGAAGAGCGUCCGGGACAAGAUUGCAAUGUUUUCCAGUGCGGCCGAUGCGGAGGGUGGUGUAGCGCCGGCGCCACAGCAGCACGCUGCCACCACCACCACCACCGCCGCCAACAACCCAUCAGCACUGCUCACGGCGAGCCGGAAGUUUAGCAAAGAUUUCACCAAAAGCUCGGAAAACUUGCUCGGCUCCUCGGCGCGGGAUACCGGCUCGCGCAAGGCGCUCGAAGCGAUCGAAACGUACGCUACGCUGCGCAAGAAAGCGCACAGCGUGGAGCAUCUGGAUGAGGUUGAUCGGGGCGUUGCCGCCUCUACCGCACCGGUCGCGAACGAAACGCCCUACAAGGCCAAGUUUAGCCUGGAAACGUCCAAGCCCGUUGUGCUCGGGAAAGCGUACAGUGUGGAGAACCUGAACCCUGCCAACCGCAGCUCGGACACGGUGUUGAAACCCAGCGCCAAUGGCAUCGAGAACGGUUCCAAGAUUCUCUCCCGCACCACCAGCUUCUCGGGCUACUCGAACGGGAACAGUUUGGCAACGAUCGCUUCGAGCCCGGCGGCCUCAGUCGGUGGCAGCACCAACUCACUCACCGCCCUGCAAAACAACACACCGGCCGCAUCGGACGAGCGCUGGAAGUCGUCCAUCUCGAGCCUGCUGGAGCAGCGCAAAAAAUCCAUGUCCAAGCUGCGCGGGCUCGUCAUCCCGGAGAAGGUGCCGGAGGCGGAGGUGCUGCCCGAGACGCGCAUCAUCGGCCUGCCCAUCAUCAAGAGCAAGGAUUCGGAAAUCAUUCUCUCGUCCGCCAAGCCACCGGCCGCGGUGACCGAUGCGUACAGCCGCAGGACGAGCACGCUGCCGAUGCCGCCGAAGACGAGCCUCAGCUCGCUGACGGCGAGCACGAUCGUCGCCCGUUCGGUGGCCGCGAUCGAGCCGGAGCUGGCCGCGUUCCGCAAACCGCUGGUAGUGCCACCGUUGCCGCCGGCAAAGCCGCCCCGCACCUCGCUCGUCUACCCGCCGAAGAGCGGGUCGACCGACUGUUUGCGCAGCACGGAGGACGACGACGAGAGCGACGAUGGCGGUGACGAGAGUGAUUCGGUGCUGAGUUCGCGCGUCUCUUCGCCGCCUGUGUCGCCGGUGGCGCCGGCCGCACCGGUCGAGAAGUACGCGCUGACCCGCACGCUCAGCUCGGAGACGAACACGUCCAUCACGAGCUCGAACUCGACGCUCACUUCCAGCUCGGGCUCGCAGGCUAGCUGCAGCUCGGUUGGCAGUACGCCGACGGUGGACAUUAGCCGGAAGCUGUCCAAGUCCUCGUCGUCGGAAGCGUCCAUGAACCGGAAGAACGUGCUGGCGUCGGCCAAGAGCCGCAAUGGGCGUGGCGAUCUUAAGAUCGAGGAUGUGGUGGGCAAUGGGAAGUCGAAGCGAUACGAGGACGGUGACAGUACCGAUGGCUACGAGGAGGAAGAGCGACGCAAAUCCAAAUCCAAGCCGAGAAGCUCGCUCACCAACGGCAAGGGAGCGAGCUACGAGCAGGAGCGCAAGGAGCUUACACACUACAAAGUGGUGGACAGUGUGGACGGCAGCAGCAUCGUCGACAAGGUGAUAAAGGUGGCGUCGUACGUGGAGGUGGUGUCGGAUCUGGAGGACAGCUCGAUCGUCGAGGAGCCGAUCGUCGCUUCCUCCACGGUGGCCGUGCCGGUGGUGACGGAGAAGCUUCCCGCGGAGAAGAAGAUCUCGCACGAAAACGGUGGCUCCAUGUCGGAUCUUGCCAAAUGGGUGCGUCACGAGGCGGCCCGCACCAUCUCCCACAAACCGGAGGCGGAAAGCAACAGCAAAACCGGCACGCCAACAGUUGGCAAGAUUGUUGGUGCCCUAGGCGCACGCGGGGAACGCAAACAGCAACCUCCUCCACCAACGCCGCCACGGACGGUACCGCCACCACCAACGGAACCAGUGCCCGUGCCGGUGCGCCGCGAGCUCCGCUCGUCGGUCGAAACGAAGAAGCUAAAUUUGGCCGAAAUUCGCAAGUCAUUCGAAUCGAAGUCGGCCAACAGUACGAUCAUACCGACACCGGGCAAGCAGCCGGUGAUGAAGGAACAGCAACACCACCACGUCGCGCCAGCGACGACUCCUCCGACAGCACCAUCGGUAGCAGCCGUGCCGGCACCACAGACCGCAGUAGUAGCACCACCCGCAACGCCACCGGUACAUGCCACACCAAAAACGACCACCAACAACGGGCACGAUCGGUUCUCGUCCUGGGAUUCGCUUGCCUCGUCCUCGUCCGGCGUGUCCUCGCUGCAGACGAACAGUCUCGGUAUGGGACGGGGUGCACCGAACUGUACCGGUUCGUCGCAGACGCUGCAAAGUACGCCGUCCGAUUACGGGAGCUUCUCGUCGCUCGGCAGCAGCCACAGUUUGAUUACGCCCCAGGACCUGCAGCUGAUCAUUGAGGAGGCGGACCCGCCGCUGGCCACGCCGGAAGCGUUCGUGGUGGUGCUGCAGCGUGAAACGCCGGAGAGUAGCAUCGGCAUUACGCUGGCCGGGGGGUCGGACUAUGAAGCGAAGGAAAUCACGAUCCACAAAAUUCUCACCAACUCACCCGCGGACCGGGACGGACGGUUGAGAAAGGGCGACCGCAUCCUGUCCAUUAACGGUCUCAGCAUGCGGGGCCUCACGCAUCGCGAGUCUCUCAGCGUACUUAAGACACCACGGCCGGAAGUGGUCAUGGUGAUCACCCGCUCGAAAUCGCUCGUACUCGACACGCUCACGAAGCUGAAGCGACCCUCGAUGGGUUCGCUCAGCUCGCUGGCCGAGAAGAGCGAAAUCGCCACCGAGUACGAGCGGAAGUUGAAGAUCCAGCACAAGGCGUCCCGUUCGCUGGAUCUGGACCAUCUAGAUGUGGCAUCGAACGAAGCAGAAAGUGUGUUCGAUGGGACCGCAUCCGAGGAUGGGCUACUGUCGGCCGACGACGUCUCCAAAUGUUCCUCCAGCAAUGCCACCGACAAUGCUUCUUCCUACUCCACCGCGGAAGUGCCGGAAGGGUGUCGGAUGGUCGAAAUCAACAAGGACGGUGCCGGGCUGGGCUUCUCGAUCGAGGGCGGCUACGAUUCACCCGCCGGCAACAAGCCACUCAUCAUCAAGAAGAUCUUUAUGGGUGGUGCCGCCGAAAAGUCGGGCCUGCUCCGUGCCGGCGAAGAGAUUGUUGCCAUUAAUGAUAUCUCGAUCGCGAAGAUGACGCGGAUACAGGUGUGGAACAUGAUGAAGAAGCUGCCGAACGGUGGCGUGCGCAUUACGCUCAAGUAAGCGAGAGGGAAAAAGAGUGGCCACACUCACCAUCCUUGUACACACACAUCCUUCUGUUACUUUUUAGUGAACGUAUUAUUAACGAUACUUUAUACGCAUCUUCUUUUUUUUUACAUACAUGUUUGCGCAUACAUAAUUAUACAUACAUGCAUACAUACAUAUAUAUAACGCAUACGCAUAUUUACCCGGUAUUUUUUUCUCUUAUUUUAUUUGUAAACUUAUACGAAACUGUCUUGUUAUGUUUUUUUUUAAUAAUUAUUAUUUCUUUUUAAACUAACACAAAAAGGGAAAAGAAGGAAAGAGAUAAAGUAGUAAAAGAAAAGUGAUGCAAACAGUGUUAAAGGAACUUAAAGGAAAAAGAAUGAAAAUAAACACGAAACGAAACAAUAAAGAAAGGGAAAGUCAAGAGAAAGAGAAAGAAAAAAAGGGAAAAUAGUUAGUCAGUUAAGAAGUGUUUGCGAAUGAAAGCAUUUAAAACAUAACAAAAAAGAAAAGCCGCAGUUUUAAAACAUAUCAAAACUCGAUGCGUACUCGCAGCAACACAGCAAACAACGAAACGACUACGUUUCGUUAGCUAUUUAACUCCCUCUUUCAAGCAAAAAACAAGCCAAUAGCAAGCUUACACUCUAACAUCUUUUAUGUUGCCACUUUGUUGCGUGUGCCGUUCGUUCUCUUUUCUUUCUUCUUCUUAUUGUAAUCCUGACCUUAUAGAUUGUAGGUUGAACGCGAUCGUUAUAGUUUAUAGCAUUGUUAAACCUUUAAAAGUGGAAAAGGUGAACGAAUAGUCCCCACAGCUCCCUAAAACAAAGUGAUCUUCCCAUGUGUCUUGCCUUCUUUUUUAUUAAAUGUAUUUUUGGUUUUUAAUAAUACAAUUCGCUUCUCCCCCUCCUGUUCCUGUUUGAUUGAUAGGCUAGUUUUAGUUAGAACGAGAAAGAGGGAAUGGAGCGAAAUAAAAUAAAAA